AUGAAAUUUGAAAAACAAGAAGAACGUUAUUUAACAGAAUUGGAAAGUAACCAAAUUAGAAUAGAACCAAAUCAACAAGUAACUAGUGGCGAUUUUUAUCUGAAGGCAAGUGCUGUAACUUUUCUACAACUAUUAAUCAUAUGGGGAAUGAAUCUUCUUGUUAUAUUAAUUAGUGCACUGAAGGAUUCGUUACUAUCCAUAAACUGGUUUGUUGGGCUGUGUUUCUUUUCAGGACUCUAUAUUGAUUUGGAGAUGGCUCUCAUACCACAAGUACAAUUUAAAUUUCCAUGGAACUACAUACUAUUGGUAUUUCAUUCGAUGAUAAUCUCAAUCCCAGCUUCAAGGUCACUUUCUGAAUUGGAAGUUUUAUGGAUUCCUAGUACUUGGGGUAUUACAUUGGGAAUCACGUUACUUACUUUAUUAUUCGGCGGAUUAAAACGAUUCGAUAUACAAAGAUCUUUCAAUAUAUUCUUUACUGUUAUAUUCACUUUACAAGCAGUAGUUUAUAUCGUUCUCAUUGUAUUGAAUCAUUUUAGUUACUAUAAU